UAACGUGUAUUAUAGGUAUGGGCAGAUGGAGCGUUCUAUACUUUCUGCUGGGAUUGCAGGACUGGAUCUUAGGGGAGCUGUUGCUCGCGGGGUUGGGGCCCAGGGAGUUGAACUUAGUGAAACAGUACGAAGAAUGGAGGAGUCCAUUCCACAAGUCAUUGUUCUUCUUGAAGCUUCUGUAGAAAGAUGCAUCAAUUUUACUGGAGGUUCUGAGGCAGAUGAGCUAAUGCUUGCCCUCGAUGACGUAAUGUUACAAUAUAUAUCCACUCUGCAAGAAACCUUGAAAUCAUUGAGAGCUGUAUGUGGAGUGGAUGUUGAUGGUGUUGGUUCAAAGAAGGAAAUUGGAUUGGACAAAAAGGAAGGAGCUCACAGUUCUCGUAAAUCUGACUUGAUAUCAAAUGAGGAGGAGUGGUCCAUUGUCCAAGGUGCAUUGCAGAUCCUCACUGUGACAGACUGUUUAACAAGUCGAUCCUCAGUCUUUGAAGCUACCUUGAGAGCUACUCUUGCUAGACUCAGCACAAGUCUGUCUAUUGCAGUAUUUGGUUCUAGUCUGGACCAAAACCCUUCCCAUGUGGCUGGUGACGAUGGAAGUGGGGAAUUAUCUUUGGCCGGAAGGGCUGCCUUGGAUGUGGCAUCUGUGAGGCUUCUUGACAUUCCUGAAAAAGCUCGGAAGCUAUUCAACCUUUUAGAGCAGUCAAAAGAUCCCCGGUUCCAUGCCCUUCCUCUUGCAUCUCAACGUGUUGCAGCAUUUGCAGACACAGUGAAUGAACUUGUUUAUGACGUUCUUAUAUCCAAAGUACGACAACGACUUAGUGAUGUGUCUCAUUUGCCGAUCUGGUCCUCAAUCGAGGAACCAAGCGCUUUCCAUCUUCCGAGCUUUAGUGCAUACCCCCAGUCCUAUGUGACCAGUGUUGGCGAAUAUCUUCUUACUUUACCCCAACAAUUGGAGCCACUUGCUGAGGGCAUUUCUAAUGGUGAUGCCAACACUGAUGACGCACAGUUCUUUGCAACUGAAUGGAUGUUCAAGGUUGCUGAGGGUGCAACGGCUCUCUACAUGGAGCAGCUGCGGGGGAUUCAUUUUAUAAAUGACCGUGGUGCACAACAACUUUCUGUUGAUAUUGAGUACUUAAGCAACGUGCUUUCUGCACUUUCAAUGCCGAUCCCUCAAAUCCUCACCACAUUCCAUACAUGCCUUUCAACCCCAAGAGACCAAUUGAAAGAUCUUGUCAAGUCAGACUCAGGAAAUCAACUCGAUCUUCCAACAGCAAACCUUGUGUGUAAGAUGCGCCGCGUGAGUAUAGAACAGUAAUUUUUUUACCGAAGAUCUUUUACUAAAAUUGAGUCUUUGCCCAAUAGAUGCUACCAAAAUCUAGAGCAAGCAUAAGAUUUUCAUUGCCUGUUAAUUGAUUGUAGAGUUCUAUACAA